AUGGAUCUGGAUGAAGAAGCACAAGAUCUCUCAACUACAAGCGCAAAAGCCACUUCGACUUGUCCCGAUAAUUACGCCGUAAUAUCUGUUGAAAGUCGCUUUUUCGAGUCCUCACACUCUAAGUGUGAGAAAAUUGCUCUGCAAGAGCUUACAGAUAGUCUUUUCUGA